GCUGAUCACUUGUCUUCAGUUUUCAUCAGCAGUCACAAAACUUAGAGUUCUGUCAAAAUGGAAAUGUAUUUCAACACCGACCAUGGGUAUUUAGAAGGUUUGAUAAGAGGUUUUAAAGGUGGUAUCCUGAAACAGUCGGAUUAUUUGAAUUUAGUCCAGUGCGAAACAUUGGAAGAUUUGAAGCUCCACCUACAGAGUACAGACUAUGGCAGUUUUCUGGCAAAUGAACCUUCUCCUCUGACUGUGUCUGUCAUUGAUGACAAGCUGAAGGAGAAGUUAGUUGUGGAAUUUACCCACCUGCGAAACCAUUGCCUAGAACCUCUCAACAUGUUCCUGGACUACAUCACGUACAGCUACAUGAUUGACAAUAUCAUCCUGCUGAUCACAGGCACCUUACACCAGAGGUCCAUCUCUGAGCUGAUAGCCAAAUGUCACCCCCUGGGCAGCUUUGAGCAGAUGGAGGCCAUCCAUAUAGCCAGCACCCCAGCUGAGCUGUAUAAUGCUGUACUAGUGGACACCCCUCUAGCUCCAUAUUUCAUCGACUGUAUCUCAGAGCAAGAUUUGGAUGAGAUGAACACAGAAAUUAUCAGAAACACACUUUAUAAGGCAUAUUUAGAAGAUUUCUACAACUUCUGUCGUGAACUGGGUGGUGCUACUGCUGACGUCAUGUGUGAGGCUCUGGCUUUUGAAGCUGACCGCCGAGCUCUGAUCAUCACAAUCAACUCUUUCGGGACAGAGUUGACGAAGGAGGAUAGGGCAAAGCUAUACCCUCGCUGUGGUAACCUGUACCCAGACGGUCUGGCCCUGUUAGCGCGUGCCGAUGACUACGACCAAGUGCGAUCUGUGGCUGAUAUGUAUGCGCAAUACAAAGAACUGUUUGAUGGAGCGGGUACCAAUCCAGGGGAGAAAACUCUUGAAGACAGAUUCUUUGAGCACGAGGUCAAACUGAUGAAGAAUGCAUUCAUGCAGCAGUUCCACUUUGGCGUCUUUUAUUCGUAUGUGAAGUUGAAGGAACAGGAGAAUCGAAACAUCAUCUGGAUUGCCGAGUGUGUUGCCCAGAGACACAGGGCAAAGAUUGACAGCUACAUUCCUAUCUUCUGAGCCUUUUAGUGAGCCCAUCUGAAUGUCUGUUGUUUGAUCUGUGAAUGACUGAGUAUAUAUGUACAUAGGAAGAAAAUAGAGUGUACAAAUACCUAUUGCUAUAUUUCCACUGCUUUGUUUCUGUAUGAUUUACCCUGUCUGUAAGAUGAUUGCCACAUAGGGCGUACUGAAGUUGUCUCUGCAGGCAGUGUCAUAAUAGGUUGUUCUGUUCAUUAUUAAAGGUUUCAGCAUGAUGGCAAGGUAAAUUAAGAAGAUAAUCUGUACAGUUUUAUCAUAAUAAGAAAGGAAGGGAUAAUAUAAGCUAGUGGUAUAACAUAGUUAUAUGCAUGUAGUUGAAAAUCCUGCAUUCUCGUGUACAGUGUAUUUUGCAUUCCAUUAUUAGUUUUCCUAUAUAUACAUGUAUGUAGCAUGACAGGUUCAUGUGCAAAUUUCCUUUAUACUUAUAUGUUAUGAGUGAUAUUACAGAUUUCUUUUGGACAGGCUAACCAAGAUAUUAGAUGUGUUUCCACUGGAUAGAAGGCCAGUUACUCUGGACUUUGUAUUUUGAUUGGUUGUUUGUGCCAUUUUUGUAAGAAGUUGGUGCAUUGGUGUUGAAACCUAAUCUACAUUAAUACAGAAGAGAUAGAUGCCUUUGGACUAAAAUAGACAAGAUUUCUAAAGAUACAUGAACUGAUAAUAUCUAGGUAUACAUUGAAUUAUGAAAAAAUACUUAACAUGCUGUGUGUUACUGUUGUGGUACAUGAAUUGUGAUCACGGACUUAUUAAUGAUGUUCUGUAUGAAGUGAAGGCAAAUCGCACGCUGAAAAGUGUGAAACCAUUUGAUCUUGUAUUUAACAAUUGCUAUGGGAGACAAUUUCUGUAAGAGUGACCUGUUCAAAAUCAGUUAAGGAAGUUGAAAAGGCUACAAACUUUAACAAUGACUAGUCACGUUUAUGUUAUUGGGAAGUUUUCCCCUAAUGGUUAUUUUGAGUAUACAAAAUUGGGGUUUCUGGAGCACAAAUAAACUACUGUGAACAUUUUG